CUUUUCCUAGAUGAGGCAACCUUUCUCGAAGCGGCACCGCUGAGGAUCACGACUUAGGAUGGAAGUGCCGGCGCUCUUCCUCUGCAGUCCGCUCUGCUCUUGAGCCCGGGGAGCUGGGCAGGGCAGCGAGUAAUCUACGUGAAUUCGAGGAGGGGCUACGCUACUGGGGCGGGUUGGCAGGCAGGUGGAGCUCAGAGAGGGACCCAGCCACCCAGACUCCUGACUUCCAGGGAAACUUUGCACCCCGAACUCCAGCAUCUGGGCGCGAGCUCGGGCGGCAGGGCGCGCGGGAUGUACUGGUGCUGGGGCGCCGACGCGGGGAAGCCGCGGCGCCAGCGCGCGGCAGGCGGCGCGGAGCUGCGGCAGGCGGCCAGCGGGGAACGCCACUCGCUGCUGCUGCUGACCGACGGCACCGUCCAGUCGUGCGGGGACAACGGCCGGGGCCAGCUGGGCCGGAAGGGCAGGCGUCCUGCGGAGCGGCCAGAACAAAUUCAGGCCUUGGGAACUCUACAAGUGGAAUUCGUGAGCUGCGGGAAGGAGCACUCCCUCGCUGUCUGCCACAAGGGCAGGGUCUUCGCGUGGGGAGCAGGUUCUGAAGGGCAGCUGGGGACAGGAGACUUUAAGGAAACCACUUUUAUACCUUCGAAAAUAAAAGCUCUGACUGAUAUAAAAAUAAUACAAGUAGCCUGCGGACACUACCACUCCCUGGCACUAUCAGCAGAUAGCCAAGUGUUUUCAUGGGGGAAGAACAGCCAAGGGCAGCUGGGCCUGGGGGAGGAGUUCCCCUCCCAAGCCAGCCCACAGAGGGUAAGAUCCCUGCAGGGGAUCCCCGUGGCUCAGGUGGCGGCAGGAGGAGCUCACAGCUUCGCCCUGUCUCUCUCUGGGACUUCAUUUGGCUGGGGAAACAACAGUGCAGGGCAGCUGGCCCUCAGCGGAGAUAACGUCCCAGUGCGAAGCCCCAAGCCUCGUUCAGUUGGUGCCCUGAAGAAGCUGGGCGUGAUUUAUAUCAGCUGUGGUUCUGAGCAUACAGCAGUGCUCACUCAGGAUGGGAAAGUGUUCACAUUUGGAGACAAUAGUUUUGGACAGCUGGGACACAGCUCCACUGCUGAAAAGAGAGGUCCACAGCUGGUGGAAGGAAUUGAUGGCCUGGUCUCACAGAUUGAUUGUGGAAGUUAUCACACCCUUGCAUUUGUCUACACCACUGGCCAGGUGGUAUGUUUUGGUUGUGGAGCAAGGGACAGACGCAAUCCAACUCCUCCAGAGGACCUGCCAGAAGACUUUGGCGUUAGCUGCCUGAUUUCUGCUGAUGACCUGGUGGAUGUUCAAGUCAAACACAUUUUUGCUGGAACCUAUGCCAACUUUGUGACAACUUCUCAGGAUGCUGGUUCCACGAGAGUUCCCAGGAAAACCCUUCCAGAAAUAAGCCAAAUUAACCAGUCCCUGAUGGAAAAAUGGAUAGCAGUGAAAAGAAGAAGUAGUGAACAAGAAGUGGCUGAAAGGGAAAUUAGGAUGAUAUUUUCAUCUCCUGCUUGUCUAACAGCAAGUUUUUUAAAGAAAAGUCAAAGGGGAACAGGAGAAGCCAUUUCCAUGGAUGUGGACUUACAAAAGGCAAGAGACACCUUCAAGAAGUUAACAGAAGAGAAUUGGAUUUCUUCUUUGAUAAAGACGAGUCUUGAGGAUAAUCUGCUCCAAGCUCUUCCAUGUCAUUCUCCGCACCAAGAAGCUUUGUUAAUUUUCCUUCUGCUCCCAGAAUGUCCUGUGAUGUGUGAUUCUGAGAACUCAAACAAGCUGGUGGCUCCAUUUGCAGAGGCUGUUUGUAACAUGAGUGGCAAGUCUUUACAAAUACUGAAAAGGUGUUGGACAUCUUUGCAAGAAUCUUCUCUGAAUACACUGAUCCAGAUGCUUAAAACAGCUGUCGUCUCCCUGGUUUAUGGCCCUCGAACCUAUCAGAAUGAUAAUAAUCUUAAAGCUCUUCUAGGAAUGAUGAAAAAAGUGCAUAAGGUAAACAAAACUAUCCGUCGACUGCCAGAAAAUACUUUCAACAUAGAUGAACUUUCCAACUUAAACUUUUACCUCGAGACAAAAAGACGGCUCUUUCGGAAACAGAACAUGAAAACUGCAGAAAAUUCCAGUCUUGUUGUUUUCAGUGAUUUCCCAUUUAUCUUUAAUUUGCAGUCCAAAAUUAUAUUAUUACAAGUAGCUUCAUAUAUAAAAAUUGAGGGUUUAAAAACGAUAGAAAUGACAGAAAUGGUUUUAGAACACCCAUUGCUACAAAGAAACCCUGAACCUCCCAUAUUUCAACUUAGAGUCAGACGAAGUCACCUGGUUGAAGAUGCACUGCGUCAAUUAAACGCUGCUGAAAGCUCUGACUUCUGCAAAGUAUUGGUGGUUGGAUUUGUUAAAGAAAUUCGUCCGGAGAGUGGAGGGGUCCGGUCAGAAUUCUUCCACUGUAUAUUUGAAGAGAUGACCAAGCCAGAGUAUGGGAUGUUCAUGUAUCCUGAAAAUGGUUCUUUCAUGUGGUUUCCUGUCACUCCUCAGUGUGAGAAGAACAACUACUUACUCUUUGGGAUCCUCUGUGGACUUUCUCUCUUAUAUUACAAUGUCGCCAACCUUCCCUUCCCACUGGCACUGUACAAGAAACUUCUGGACCAGAAGCCGUCGUUGGAAGAUUUAAAAGAGCUUAGUCCUCUUUUGGGGAAGAAUUUGCAAGAAAUUCUAAAUGGUGAAGCUGAUGACAUUGAAGAACUCAACAUGUAUUUUUCUAUACAUUGGGACCAAAAUGAUGUUGAUUUAAUUCCAAAUGGGAUCUCCAUACCUGUGGACCAAAGCAACAAGAAAGACUAUGUCUCUCAAUGUGUUGACUACAUCUUCAACGUCUCUGUAAAGGCCGUGUUUGAGAAAUUUCAGAGGGGAUUUUAUAGAGUCUGUGACAAGGACAUCAUCGAGUAUUUCCACCCUGAAGAACUCAUGACAGCAGUCAUUGGCAAUUCUGAUUACGACUGGGAACAAUUCGAAAAGAAUUCAAAGUAUUUAGAAGGAUACCACGAAUCAGACCGUACUAUAGUGUUGUUUUGGAAGGCAUUCCACAAGCUGACUUUGGAUGAGAAGAAAAAAUUCCUCUUUUUUCUUACAGGAUGUGAUAAGUUUCAUGCAAGAGGCCUACAGCAAAUAGGAAUAUUAUUCCGCUGUCCUGAAACCAUGAGUGAAAAAGACAGCCCAAGAUCACUGACGUGCCAUCAUAUCCUGGACCUGCCUAAAUACUCUACAAUGAAAAGAAUGGAGGAGGCGCUUCAAGCAGCCAUCAGAAACAACCGGGGCUUCACCUCGCCUGAGAUCACGCUGUAGUCACCACCGCCGUGGGUCUCGGAAGAACCUCAGAUGCUCGAGCAGUGUGACCCUGGGAUUCUUCUGUUCCCUUACAUCUAACUAGUGGUUUGACAGAUUUUAGUUAGGAUUUGUUGAAAAAUGUUGGCAUAAACUAUAAGGUGAUAAGUCAAGAAUAAGAUUUUUAAUGAAACAAAGUUACAUAAAACAACACUUCCUGUAUAUCAAACCUUAAUAUUAGAAUGUUUGCUUUUACCAAAUUAUUUCCUGAAUACUAAAUAUCAUCUGCAGUGCUGGCAUCCCAUAUGGAAAACCAAGAUCCCAGUGCUCAAUCCAGGUCUCCCACAUGGAGACUUGCCGUCUCCCAGGGUACACAUUAGCAGGCACUCUGCUACGGGAUUCCCAGCUGCUCCACUUAAAACCUAGCUUUCUGCUAAUGUGCCUGGGAAAGCAUUGAACAUGGCCCAGUUGCCACUCCCCACUAUGGCCAUUUAUGGAGCAAACUCUUGACUUUCUCUCUCUGUAACUCUGCCUUUCAAAUAAAUCUUUUAUGCAGGUGCCGCGGCUCACUAGGCUAAUCCUCCACCUUGCGGCGCCGGCACACCGGGUUCUAGUCCUGGUCGGGGCUCUGGAUUCUGUCCCGGUUGCCCCUCUUCCAGGCCAGCUCUCUGCUGUGGCCAGGGAGUGCAGUGGAGGAUGGCCCAAGUCCUUGGGCCCUGCACCCGCAUGGGAGACCAGGAGAUGCACCUGGCUCCUGCCAUCGGAUCAGCACGGUGCACCGGCCGCAGCGCGCCAGCCGCAGCGGCCAUUGGAGGGUGAACCAAUGGCAAGGGAAGACCUUUCUCUCUGUCUCUCUCUCUCACUGUCCACUCUGCCUGUCCAAAAAAAUAAAUAAAUAAAAAAUAAAUAAAAAUAAAUCUUUUAUAAAAAAAACUCUAAAUUUGAAAGAACUCAAUAAUUUAUUGACUGAUUACUUGUACUCAAUUUUGAUUACCAUUCUAAAUGCAGGUAUGGUCACUUUGGCUAACCACUGAGCCUGCUCCAUUGUAAUUGGAGAGAUGUUAAGGAGGAUCAACUGUGUCUCAGUGCCAUGGCUAAUGGAGUAAAUAGAGAUGUAACUAAGGUGGGAAAUUGCCAAGUCAUUUUGUUGGCCAGUUUUAGUUAAUACUAAAUUUUAAGCUGUUACUACAGCUUUGAAAUGAUUCCAGGCACAUAAUUUGCCAUAUGAGUAACAUGUUUUGCUGUGAUAAGAGCUUGGGAGUGUAAUCCCCCUGCCAAUGAGAAUGUUAUAUAUUAUUCCUUCUCAGAUCAGACUCUAUAAGUUAGUGACCUCAACUCUUGGACACCAAAAUACUUGUAAACACAAUUCGGAUAGCUGCUUUGAGAGCUCAGGCUGUGGCAGGGCCAUACCCUCUUAGCUGUUGGCCUCGCCUCCAAAGUCUUGCUAGCCAACACUGGCACCACCCUUCCACGUCUUCCUGGAUCGCCACUGUGUUGUCAAGCCAGUCUCUCCUGAAGACCACUUGGAUCAAAGGAUGCCUCACAUUUUAAUGAUGCUUCAUCCUGUUUGAGUAACUAGACUUUAACAACUGGACUCUGAUGAAACUGGUCCUUGCUUGCUCUGUGGUUAAUGUUCCUCCUCUAUCGAGUGUUCUCUCUGUGAAUUUGUUCUUCUUGUUCUCCCCUGCUUAAGCACUGAAAAGAAAAACUUCUGGGUGGCAAUAAUCACGGGCUACAUGAAAUGGUACUUUGAUCAUCUGCUUAUUUUAACUAUUCAAAAUAAGCUAUAAGCUUUUGAAUUAAGAUGUAAUCUUUCAUAGCCAACAUGACAUUUUUUUAAAAAAAAUAUAAAUGGGUAAGUUGUACUAAACAGUUAAGGAAGAAAUAGAACCAAUUCUUUCUUUCUUUAUUUUACUCAUUUGUAUUUUAUUUGAAAGGCAGAGAGAGAGGGAGAGAGAUUCCAUCCACUGGUUCAACCCUCAGUGCUCACAGCAGCCAGGGCUGGACCAGGCUGAAACCAAGAUCCCAGCGCUCAAUCCAGGUCUCCCACAUGGAGACUUCUGUCUCCCAGGGCACACAUUAGCAGGCACUCAGCGACGGGAUUCCCAGGCAGAAAAUCAACUACCGACCAAAUGCCUGCCUCAGGACCAAUUCUUUAUACUUUCUUUCAGAAAACAGGGGAAGAGGGAGCAUUGUCAUUUAGUUCUAUGGUUGCAGCAUUAUUCUAAUAUCCAGACCAGAGAAAGACAUUACAAGGAAAAAAAAAACUACAUAUCUUUCAUGAACAUAGACACAAAAAUCCUUUACAUAUCAAAAAUCCUUUGACACAUCAACUAUAUAAAAAAAAUAGGACAGUGCCUCAGAACUAAGUGGGGGGGGGGGGUAGCCCAGAAAUGCGUUUGAAGAUCAACUGUAUUUCAUCUCUGAAUAGAAGAGGGAAAGUUACUUCAUUACCUCAGUAUAAGCAGCAAAGAAAAUUGACAAAAUUGAACACUCACAAGCAAACCAGGACUAGGAGGACUCAACUUGAUAGAACUUACAUCUAGCUAACCUCACACUUAGCAGUGCAAGACUGAUUGCUGGGCCAGUGUUGUGGCGUAGCAGGUUAAGCUGCUGCCUGCCAUGCUGACAUCGCACAUGGGUGCAGGUUUAUAUCCUGGCUGCUGCACUUUCCAUCCAGCUCCCUGCUAAUGGUCUGGGAAAAGCAGCGCAGGAUGGCCCAAGUGCUUGGGCCCCUGCUACUCUCUUGAGACCUGAAAGAAGCUCCUAGCUUUGCCCAGCCCAACCCCUGCCAUUCCAGCCAUCUGGGGAGCGAACCAGAGGAUGGAAGAUCUCUCUCUGUCUCUUCCUCUCUCUCUCUCUCUCUAAAAUAAAUAAAUCUUUUUUUUUUUUAAGCCUAAUUGCUUUCCUGUUAGGAACAAAGUGAAUAUCUCCCAUCAUUGUUAUUCAACAUUGUACUAGUUGUACUACUCUAGAUUAGAACAAAGAAAAGAAAAGGCAUAUGGAUUGGAAAGGAAGAAGUAAUAUGUAUUUGUCAGAGACACUGUCAGCUACAUACUUGAUUCUGAGGGAUCUACAAAAACUACUAGAAAUAUUAAUAUAGAAAGGCCCUUGGAUUCAAGGUCAUUAUAUAAAAAUUUG